AUGUGCCACUUUCAGGUCUCCUCACACUGCUGGUGGGUUCCAUUUUGUCAUAGGGUGCUGGCAGAUUACGGGCCUCCCAUUGCUGCUGCCAGGCCCGUAAUCUGCCAUGGGCCCCUGUACCGCCUCCUCAUGCUGCUGCCAGGUCCAGAGUGUGUCAUGGGUCCCUGUACGGCCUCCCAUUGCUGCUGUCUCCAUCGCCACACUCUGCCAUGUGCCACUUUCAGGUCUCCUCACACUGCUGGUGGGUUCCAUUUUGUCAUAGGGUGAUCUGCCAUGGGCCCCGGUGUACCGCCUCCUCAUGCUGCUGCCAGGUCCAGAGUGGUCAUGGGUCCCUG